CCAAGACCAGCACCAGCACCAACCCUCACAAUGGCCGAAGCACAGCCCAACUCGCGCUCCAACACGCCCACUCUGGCGCCCCCAAUGCGGCGACCACUCGACGAGGACCAUGUGCCAGCCGUCUCCUCUCCACUCAACCCCAACCCCGAAUCGGCUGCAGCGCGCGCCCGCCCGAGAGGACCGCCGCGCGAGCAGAGGGAAAAGCGCGAGACGCUGAAGAAGCGCGAGGCCUCUGCACACACGCGCCAGAGUACGCCGAAUCCAAAGGGAAAGAAAGAGCUCGCGUCCGCAGACUCCCCUAUGCGAUACUCGAUCCCCGAGCCUAGAGCUUCAGACUACGAGCCGCCCAAGGACAGCAUCUUGCUGUCACACGAGCCGAGCCCCAUCUACGCGGAGAAUGAUACGCGCGAGCUCAAGAAACCCCAUGACAUCGCCUGGAACAAAAAGGGCUACAAGUACACGCAUUGCGUCGCAGAUCCGCUGUUUCGACACAAACAGUUCUACCGCCAGAGCGACUCCAGGCCACAUGGACCUAGGAUGAGCCACGAGGACUCAGACAAGUGGUUUUACUUCGACGACAGCGCCACCGUUGUUACCCAAGAGAAGGGCUGGCGCAUGGGCCGAGGCAAUGUGGUUGCUAGAGAAGGGAGAAUCUAUUACGAGGUCAAGAUACUGCGAGGAAUACCUGUCGAUGGCCCCAAAGACCCUGUAGACCCCAAAACAGGCGAGACUAGACCUGGACCCCACAUUCGCAUGGGAUGGGCAAGAAGGGAGGCACCACUUGACGGUCCCGUGGGCUUCGACGGCUACAGCUAUGGCAUCACAGACGCACGCUUUGAGGCACAACAUCGCUCGCGCGCCUCCAAAAUCUACAAACCCCUCCCGAAAGGUGCUAAGAGCAAGCAUAUGAAGCCACGGCCACCGCACGGUAAGCCCGUGCCUGUCGAGUACGUCACAGACCAGCACGUGCAGGAAGGUGAUGUUAUCGGCCUCGAGAUCCAGCUGCCAUCACUGUCAUUGCAUCGCAAGGUCGUCGAAGGCAUCUAUAACCCAGCUGUCGACCUGGGAGAUGGAUUUGAUACCGUCAGUAAUGCAGAUCCAUUCGAUAAGCCUGUCGACAUUAUUCGCGACCGCAUACCUGUCCCAUACAAGGGCAACUUCUACUUUGAACAGCUCGACUACCAAGUCACUAAGAUGGUGGAAGCAUAUCAUGAUCGUGGCCCGGUGCCCAAGAUCCACCCUUCGCCAAAUCAUGAGGAUGUCAGCAUUAGAUCACUGCCACAUUCGCACAUCAAAGUCUACAAAAAUGGCCAAGAAAUUGGAAUUGCUUUCGAAAGCCUGCUAGCCUUUCUUCCUCCGGCUAGCGUACCCUCAGUGGAGGCUGUCAAAGCCGGUGCGAGAACUGGCUUCGAUGACGGCAUGGUAGGCUACCUACCAGCCAUCUCCGCCUUCAACGGUGGUGUUGCGCAGGUCAACUUCGGGCCGGACUUCUGGUGUCCGCCAGAGGAGAUCCUCAAGCAGCGCGAGAGGGACACCGAAAUGGUCGGUAGUGAUACGAUCGAGAAGGAAGUUCCGGAGGGGCGCAAACUGCGGGCGAUUGGUGACCGGUACAAGGAGCAGAUCGCAGAGGACGUGGUCUGGGACAUCAUCGACGAGGUCGACUUCUUCACCCAAGACGGCGGCUGGGAGUACAAGGGAGAGGCUCUGCAGGAUGUGGCAGGCAAGUCCACGCCUAGGGCGCGCGGCUUUGCUAAUCCGGAUGAGAAUUUGGGCGUCGAGGUGGGCAGGCGGUAUUGAUCUGGAUGCGUCCCAUUCUGUUUACGUGUCACAGUUAGUUUUAACUAGGCACUUGCGUAUACCCAUAAUUCAUCAGAUGAUCUAUCAGCGAGUGAGCAUGCUAUAUGAUGACCCUCUAGAGAAACGAG